AUGAGAUUCUCAGAGAUGGGGUGGUUCCCGCUUGUCUGCCGGCACGGCGUUGUCCUGGCAUACGCCGACUUGAUCAAGGAGUAUGAACAAUCUAAGUUUCCACUAGCAUUAGCGCAUUGGUUCGCUACGCAAUACUCUGGCCGAAUUACCUUCGGCUAUGACAUUGGGUGUCAAUUUCAGAAGACAUUCCGACACGCACCUGCUGUCUCCCAUCUGCUAGGCCCCGAUCCUCAUAAUUCCCGCAUCAAUUUCCAGGUUGGUGCGUGGCAUGGCUACGCACACGACAGACCCUGUCAGGUCAAGUGCCACCCACGAUUCAAUGCUGAAGCCGGCUUGGAGGACUUCGAAACAUGCGAGAGGCUGUUCUCGUAUACAAACGGCGUAGCAGGCGUCACGCGGAGCGCUACUCGCUAUCACCGGCAUCAGCAACUCGAGUGGGUGAUAGAACAGUGGAAUAACGACAAGCUAUGCUUGAUGGGUACGUCAAACUGCCGUUCCGUUCGCCGCUGCAGCGUACGGACCUUGUGUUGA